AUGUCUUCCCCAGACUCUGCUUAUCCAAUCACUUAUAUGGAGAGCAUGGAUGUGAUUCAAUUCACAGGUCACAAAUUUGCAAUUCUUAAAAAAAUAGUGUUUAUAUUGGCGAAAUCAAUUAGAAAUUCUAAAAGAAUGGCAAAGGAAUAUUUAUUUACAAGAUGUGGAUAAUAAUGGAAACUAAAAGUUGGCUGUUAUGAAAGAAUGUUUAUAAAUGAUAAAUAUUAAGAAUUAGUACAAACUUUCCUUUGUAGGGAAUGUUUGGAUGAAACUUCUGAUUCCAAAAUCACAAAAGCAUAAGAAUCACAGAAAUCAAUAAUCUAGAAUAAUCAUUAAAAAUAUAACAAACCAAUAAAUGAUAAAGAUUUAAAUUCUAUUACUGAUAAAAAUUAAAUUAGACCCAAAAUAUCGUUAAUGGAUAUAUUCAAUAUUUUUAAUAGCUUGAUGAAUAAUUGUAUUGGGACAUUCCUCCUUAAAAAAGAGAGAAAUUUUAGAGAAUUAUCAUUUUCUAAAGCACAAGUUCUUUGGAAGACUCUAAACAAUCUCAAAACUAAUAAGUUAAUUCAGAUUUCUUAAGUUUAGUUAAUCUAUAAAAAAAUUGGAUUUGUUAUAGUGCAUGAUCACAAUACUAAUCAAACCUUCUCAGAGAAAAUUUAAGAUCUCCAUUCAUAUUCAAAUAUAUCGGUUAAUUGA